AUGUGGUUAAAAGUGUCUGUUAUGGUAGCCAUAUUGGGUGCGAUUUACUUCUACUUUAUGCAGACCCAUGAUCAGGAAGAUCCAAGCGUUCAGAUAAAGAACUCUUAUGAUUACAUAAUCAUUGGGGCGGGUUCAGCUGGCUGUGUAGUGGCCAACAGACUGUCAGAAGACUCCACAAAGACGGUACUACUCCUUGAAGCGGGAUCUUCAGAGUUAUCUAAUCCCAAUAUUGAUAUACCUAUUGCGUCUCCUGAAAUCCAGUUCACAGAACAUGAUUGGGCAUUCAGAACUGUUCCACAGAAAAACGCAUGCUUAGCGAUGGUCAAUCAGGAAUGUGUAUGGCCGAGAGGCAAAGUCUUGGGUGGGACCAGUAAUCUGAAUUUUAUGCAGUAUAUACGUGGAAGUCGCUUUGACUAUGAUUCCUGGGCCGCUGAGGGGUGUACCGGGUGGAGUUACCAAGACGUGUUGCCUUAUUUCAUUAAAUCAGAGGAUAUCAGAAUUAAACACCUAGAACAAUCCACGUACCACGGUAGAGAUGGUUAUCUGUCUGUGAGUGACGGGACAGCCACGCCCCUUAAUCAGCUAUAUAGCAAAGCUAUUCAGGAACUCGGGUACACUCACAUAGACUGCAAUGGGAAAAGUCAGAUCGGAUACUGUCCAUCCCAAGAAACAGUCAGAAAGGGCGUUCGAUGGAGCACAGUGAAAGCCUUUCUUAGACCGAUAAUGAAUCGUCCCAAUUUACACGUGUCCUCAUCAUCACAUGUUACAAAGAUCAUAAUUGAAAAUAAGAAAGCAGUGGGUGCCGUAUUUAUUAGAAAUGGCAGGCAACAUGUAGUAAGGGCAAAUCAGGAAGUGAUUGUAUCAGGGGGAUCGGUGAGCUCGCCACAGAUAUUGCUGUUGUCUGGUAUUGGUCCAAAGGAUCAUCUAAAGUCCUUAGGUAUUCCAUUGGAGGCAGACUUACCAGUUGGAGAGAAUCUACAGGACCAUCUGAUGUUGAUGAUGCGGUUCUUUGACAAGACGCUUAAUAGUGUUACAGAGAAAAAAGCAACCGCUCUGUCUUCUAUAUUGCAAUAUUUGAUAUUCAAAUCAGGUUACUUAAGUAAAACAACACUGGAAGGCAGCGCAUUCUUUACCGAUGAGGAGAAGAAAGCACCAUACACACAGAUUCACUUCCUUAGUGGCACCACCGAAGCUAAUCGAGUUCCAUUGCUGGCAAAAAUGCAGAAUCUUAAGGACGAUAUUGUUGAAGGGUUAGUGAACGAUGCCAAAAGCAUGUCUAAGAAACAAGUCGAGUCUUACUUUCUGUUACCCAUCCUGCUUCACCCUAAGAGUAAGGGCACGGUGAAACUCCAAAGUACGGACCCGUUUGAUCCACCACUUAUUGAUCCGCAAUAUCUGACUCAUUCGGAAGAUGUUAAAACAUUUCUUCGAGCUAUAAGAAUGGCACUAGCAAUAUCCAAUACAACCAUUCUUCGAGAAAUUGGAUCCUCUCCGGGAGAUGCCUUGGAAGUUGGAAUGCCAGUUUGCAAUGAGCAACCUUACCUUUCUGAUGACUAUUGGAUAUGCAGAAUAAGACAUUUCACGUAUACGGUUUACCAUCCAACUUCAACCUGCAGAAUGGGAGCAGAAAACGAUUCAACUGCCGUGGUGGACUAUCAACUUAGGGUAAGGGGUAUCCAAAAUCUGCGUGUUGUGGACGCUUCAGUGAUGCGUAAUAUUCCAUCAGGAAAUACAAACGCUCCAACGAUAAUGAUAGCUGAGAAAGCGUCAGAUUUGAUCCGUGGGAUAGAUAGUGUUGAAUCUCUCCGAAAAGUGACAAACAGUUUGUGACGAACACUAAAUUGCACCAAAGAUGAAUACACGCAUUUUUAAAGGCAAUUAGAGGGACCAAAAAGUUUGAAAUUAUCUGCCCGAUGACUACAUGAUUGUAAUAUAGUGUUAUU